AUGGCGGCGGCGGCGGCGAGCGUCGGAGGCGGGGCGGCGCCGUUCGUGUGGAAGACGUACCGGAUGGUGGAGGACCCCGGGACGGACGGGGUCAUCGGAUGGGGGAAGGGCAACAACAGCUUCGUCGUCGCCGACCCCUUCGUCUUCUCGCAGACCAUGCUGCCCGCGCACUUCAAGCACAACAACUUCUCCAGCUUCGUCCGCCAGCUCAACACCUAUGGCUUCCGCAAGGUGGAUCCGGACCGGUGGGAGUUCGCCCACGGCUCCUUCCUCCGGGGCCAGACGCACCUCCUGCGCAACAUCGUCCGCCGUGGCACCGCCGUCGGCGGCGGCGGCGGCGGCAAGCGCAAGGACGCGGUGGCGGCCGGCCUCACCGACGACGACAUGACGAUGGUCGCCACGGAGGUGGUGAGGCUGAAGAAGGAGCAGAACACCAUCGACGACAGGGUGGCCGCCAUGUGGCGCCGCGUGCAGGAGACCGAGCGGAAGCCCAAGCAGAUGCUCGCGUUCCUCCUCACGGUCGUCGGCGACCGCGACACGCUGCAGCGCCUGGUCGGCAACAGCGGCAACGCGGCCGGCGGCGAGCAAGGGCCCGUGGAGGGCGGUGAGAAGAGGGCGAGGAUGCUGCUUGACGGCGACUUCGGCAACGUGUCCGCGUUUGGGCCGGACGCCGUCGACUUCGCGGGGUUCUACACCGACGACGCAUUCGCCAGUGUGCCGGUGCCGGUGGAGGCGGCCGCCGGGCCGGGCGGAGGUGGUGCCGGCUGCACGUUCGCUUUUGGAGUGGACAGUGGGUACUGA